GUGGUGCGUUCAGUGCGGGAUCAGUGUUGACCGGCCGCCUGAGGAGAAAGUCAUCGUCUCUCAGGAUAAUUUGGAAUUAAAGUGUCCGGAUUUAAAUCCGAAACUGGAUCUUAAUCUCCUCCUGCAGACCGACAUGGACGUGUUACUGAACACCUGUGGACGGAAAAGAGUCCAAACUGUGCUCUUUGUAUUCCUCCUCGUCGUAAACGCAGCAGCUGAGUGUCCGAAGCCUGAAGGAAGAGACAGUAUCAUCUUAAGCGAAGCAGCCCUGUUGAUGAAUGACUUUCCCGAGGGCUCUGAUGUCAAGUUAGAGUGUGGUACUGGAUUUGAGACAGAUAGUGGCUCUGGAGUUAUAACCUGCAUCGACAGGAAGUGGACUGAACCAGAUCUCAUCUGCAAAAAGAAAGACUGUGGUCCCCCUACACCUUUCCCCAAUAUGUCCUUUGAUUUGAGACAAGGGACCCUGUUCAGAGCUGUAGCAGUAGUCAUUUGUGAUAAAGGCUACAGGGUCAUCGGAUCCAGUUAUAAACAGUGCUUCUCGCUAGGGUGGAGUGGAAGAGCAAAAUGUGAAACUAUAACCUGUAGUAAACCUGGUGGAGUGACCAAUGGCAGGAGCUCCUGGGAUUCUCAGGAUGAACCAAAAUAUGGAGAGACUGUACAGUACGUCUGUGAUCAAGGAUUCAGUCUCACUGGGAAUGACAGCAUCAUGUGCACUGAAACGGGUGCAUACAACGCCGAGCCUCCUAAAUGUGAAGGUGGCAGAGAUAUUUUGACGACACUUUCACCUAUCAAAGACACAACUGUUACAAACAGUGCAACAACUCCUCCACCUUCACUACAAGGUGGCAGAGAUAUUUUGACGACACUUUCACCUAUCAAAGACACAACUGUUACAAACAGUGCAACAACUCCUCCACCUUCACUACAAGGUGGCAGAGGCAUUGUGACAGGUGAGGAUAAAGAUACUCCAACUGCUGUAGCAUCAACAACUUCAUCACAAGACAUGCAUGGUGCAACUGAUGAAACCACCCAGGAUAACGGACAUUUACCUGUUAUAAUCAGUGUGAUAUGCACUUCAGCAGUGGUGUUUGUAGUUGUUAUCUGUAUAAACAAGUAUAUCAUAAGGAAAAAAGGCUUGAUAAAUGGAACGUUGCCUAUCUGUUCAAGAGCAUCUGUGACCCCGGACAGACGUGCCGACAGAUUAUAGCGGCGCCUCUCGGGGUUGAAGAAAAGGAAAUCUCACUUUACUGUCAAUGCACUUCAAAACAGCGGAUAACCCAAACUGCUGCAUUCGAGGCUCAUAAUUUAAAUCAACUACCGACGAUCAGAAAAGCACUUUUUGUAAUGAUUUAUUUUUUUAUGACCACUUUAUUCUAAGUAUUGUAAAUAGAUUGUGCCACUUUAGUUUCACUAUUUUGUAUUAUUGACUUAUUUAUGUUGUAAACUGGAAUUAACAUUCUGGUCGUUGUAUUAUGAGAUUUCUAAAGCUAUUUAAACUUUUGAGUUCUGAGUUUUUAAGUGUUUUUGUGUUAUUAAUGUUGCUGUUUUUGUUAAUACACAUUUGUGUAAAAGGGAUACAAGCAGCGAACACUGUGGUCAGUUCAGUAUGCAGACUGUAAGAGCGGCUGAUAAAGAUACCAUCAGCAAAAUUCUUCGCCUCCUGACUUUCUUUUCAUCAUUGUCUAUUGUGUUGGAGCUCUUUCUGCAAGCUGUGCAAAAAUAAUGCAAGCCUUUCUAUCAAGAAGAAAUAUACAUUACUGCCCAACAAUGAACAGCGUCUACCAUGUUUAUGCAUGCUUUCAGGGAAAUUCUCAAGGAAUUUUGCUAAAUCUUUUUAAAUGGGUUAAACAAGACACUACUGGAAGAUUAGGUUUUAAUAUGUUCAAACUUUUGCGACAAGUCAGAAAUCAGGGAGAGAGAGAGAGAAACAGGGGAAUGACAUGCGGGAAAGGAGCCACAGGUCGAAUUCGAACCUGAGCUGCCCACUUGAAGGACUAUUGCCUCUAUGUAAAUCUGUCCUUUUUGUUCUGCAUUUCAUGGGACUAUAUAUUCUGUAAAAAAGAAUAAAAGCCUCGAUUCAAGAGACGACCUUGAAGCUAAAUGUUAAACAUUUUUCCCUUUUAACAAAGGAACAGUUUUUAGUCCUCAAAGGAGGAACUCAAUGGUAGCAUUGAUAGUCAUGGCAGCAGAGAAAGGCCAGGCAGUAAUCCUGGCAGGGGUGUGGACGAGUACAGAGGAAAUCCCCUUAAUAAAAGUGACUCCACUGUUUCAUUGUACCCGGGUCUGCCAGAGGCCUGAACUGUGCCCUCAAGGAUCAAAGAAAACGUGACGCUAAAUUACUGUCAGUCAUGUAUUACAGUUUGUGACUUUGACAAUAAAUGAGCUUCAGAGGGAUUAAAGGAGGCUGUGACUAACUUGUGAAAUCUGGAAGAGGAAAACAUGGCCAUAAAGAAGAUAUGCACUCAUCAUGGCAGUAAUUUAUCUUAGUUAUGUGGACAGACAGUAUGAUCAGAAAGGGGGGAGGGGGGUUAGCAUUUUUCCCAGAGAGAGAGAGAUCUGGAUCUGAACAGAAGUGGUAGUCAUCAGCUAUCCUCCACAACCAGCUCCUCCUGAAAAAAAAAAUAUAUAUAUGAGGUAGCUGGGGUGCUGGAUAACCUAGCAGUUGAGCCCCAUGCACAAAGGCGUGUCCUCAUGGCAGCGGCCAAGGGUUCGAAUCCAGCCUCGGCUCUUUGCUGCAUGUCAUCUCCCUCUCGCUCUCCUCCCAACUUUUCCUGUCUCUCUUCAGCUGUCCUAUCCAAUAAGGGCAAAAUGGCCCCAAAAAGAUAUUUUUAAAAAACAUACAAAAAACCAGGGAGCCACAUUUCUGAACCACAUUUUUUUCUUUCAUUACAAUGACUCCAGACACUCUUGUAUGGAUUUAGAAAUGGACUAAAUAAACUCUGAAUGCUGAAUGCCAA